AUGACGAUCGGGAAGGCGGGGUUUUCCGCGCCUCUCGCCGGGCGGCGUUACUGGAGCGGGAUCCGGGGCUGCCUGUACUCGGACUUCGGGGUGGGCCUGUACCCGGCGGGCGCCAUGUUCAACCACUCGUGUCGGCCCAACUGCUCGUGGCGCACCAACGGCUCCGGGGAGCUAUGCGUGGUUGCCGUGGAGGACGUUCCUGCCGGCUCCCAGCUGUUCAUCUCCUACGUGGACAUCUUGCAGCCUUGGCCGGUGAGGCAAGACCUCCUCCGCUGCCACUUUUUCUUCGAGUGCGCCUGCCCGCGGUGCUGCCGCAGUCCCCCCGCGCCGCCAAGGAGAGCGGUCCGAAGCGCCGGGAGCAGGACGGGAGGCAGUGGUAGCGGUACGGCGGACCCUUGCAGCGGGGGUGGUUGUUCCAUUGACACGAUCUACGGAGAUAUUCGCGACAGGGAGGAGAUGGUUUCCGGGGCGUGGGUCUGCCCCAAGAGAGGGUGCUGUGGCAAAGGGAGAGUGCUACCGCCGUUGUCGACGGCAGGGAGAGGCGGUGCCGCCGGUGGCGAGGCACAGCUGGGGGGGACGCAGCUUGGAGUAUGGCGACAUAGAGGGGGGGCGCAGCAGGCACGCUGCCGAUGCGUAGACUGCGGGGGCGUUACGGAGGAAGCGUACUUCGACCGAUGGACGGAGCUGCUGCGGGCGAAACAGGCGGCGGCCGACGACGACUUGGCGGGCGGGAGGGUGCGGGAGGGGAGACGGAAGCUCGCCGACCUGCAGGUGAAAUGGGUCCGGCCAGGAGAAAAGAGAGAGGGAGGGAGGGAGGGAGGGAGAGUUAGAGAGAGAUGA